CAAUUUGCACGAACGCACAUCACUAUUUUUUUGUAUUUUAAAUAAAGAAUAGGUACAGUCGAGUGCUUAAAGUUAGUGUGACAAGGAUUAUUUUGUGAAGUUCUGUGAAAAAUGUGAAACUGUGUUACGAUUUUUGUGAAUGACUGUACUUUUUUAAAGGAUUAUUCAUGACGAAUAUUUUCAGCAAUGUUCAUCACUUGGCGGUAGUGUGCGUGGUGCUGGCGUGGUGCGCAUGCGCGGCCCGCAGUGCGCCGGCGCAGCUGUGCGCGGGCGCCGCGGACGACGACCCGCGUGCCGCGCGCUUCUGCCAGGCGCUCAACACCUUCCUCGAGCUGUAUGCUGAGGCCGCUGGUGAACAGGUGCCGGAGUAUCAAGCCCUGGUCCGCGACUACCCACAACUGCUCGACACCGGCAUGAAGAGGCAAGACGUGGUGCACUCGUUCCUGCGCUUCGGCCGCCGGCGCUGACGCGUCGGGCCCCCGCAGCGACCACGCCGCGUCCACGCCAACACACCGCAACCCACAAGCAGCGACCAGGCUUAGAUUCUUUGCUAAUAUAACAUACAUUUAGUUCUUUACGUUAUUUCGUCCAAAAUAUUUAAAAAGUUCCUUUAUAAUGUAAGGCCGUAUCCCAAAUGCUAGGUAUCCGAACUGCGAAAUUAAAAAAAAAAACUCAUUCAACGUAGCGAUGUCAACAACAGCAGACGUCUAAACCUCUCUCUCCAAAUUUAAUAGACUAGAUUUAGAAGUUAUUAUAAUGAAAUGUACUUAUUGCUAAAAGUAUUAAUAGUGUUUAAGAUGUAAUUAAACGAUCUUGUUGUCAACAUUUUUGUGGCAUUUCAUUUGAUAAGGAUAAGAAUAUUUAAAUAAUUAUUAUGAUGUUUUAAAUAAAUAAAUAAAGUACGUAUUUAUGACAA